UUAGUGGGCCUAGAUAGAACCCAACACUGGAUCUUAAGCCGAUGUACACGUUCGCCAAAAACCCUUAGCCAAACGGGAAGCUUACAGAUUUUCCGAGCUCUGUUCGCCGCCUUAGAGUCAAUCCUCCGUCACCGGAAUUUACACCUCUGUUUCUUCCAGAGAUUGGUGGUUACAAAGGGGGGAGACAUAAAAAAAGGAUGAGUGGGUUUAGAGCAUUCAAAGCACAGGUUCCCAUUAAGUGGAGCGAGAGCUUGUACAUAACCUUAGUGAGAGGUCUCCCUGGAACCAGGAAGCUCCACAGGCGUACACUCGAGGCUAUGGGACUCCGCAGAUGCCAUCGCACUGUUCUUCACUCCAACACUUCUUCCAUUAGAGGAAUGAUUCAACAGGUUAAAAGGAUGGUUGUUGUUGAGACAGAGGAGAUGUUCAAAGCUCGCAAAGAAGCUGAAGCCAACCACAAAGCUCUCCGCCCGCCGCUUGUUGUCAGUCAUUCAAGCCCUGCAACUGGCUCAUCCAACAUGUCUUGAGGAUUUUCAAGAAGAUGGUAGCGCUCUUCAACCGUCACUUUGUUUAAGCUCCACUUACACUUGUGAGGGAAGUCAUAAGUAGUCUAGACGCGAUAAGACAAUUUCGUUUAUCAGUGAAUUUGGUUCCUCUUUGUGUAACACUGGGUACUUGUGUAUGUUUACUCUCAUUUUGUCAAAUCUCGAAUCCAUCAGUUUGGUUA